GUACAUUCAUAGUGCGUCUUCAUCUACUUCGACUGCAACCUUCCUCUUUCUUGGCUGCGGCAUACUUUCGCUUUCGAUUGUGGUCACCUUCCUCGAACAGCUCGACUGUCCUUGAGGCUGACAGUUGGCUUUCCUGCAUACAAAGGCUAGAUGCUGCGCCACAUGCCAAAAAAAGAACAUAACCAUUGUUUUGAAGUCGUUUGAAUAUCCACACCACUGAGCAUUUCUUGACUAAUAGGGAAGGACGUGGUCGGUUGUCACAAUACAUUACCCUUACUAUCAGCACGUUUUAGAAGAGUCAUUCAGGGAAACUUGAGUUUCCUAUUUCUUCAACUCUUGUUCCCCCCCCCCUUGGUUUAUGUAUUAUCAUCCAAAGACAUCUUGACACCUUGUGACAAUCAUCCCAAUUGACCUUUUACAAAAGCUUCGCCCUCUUAGUUACAGUUGCUAAGCCCAGAGGCGGGGCACACGGAAAGGCAAGCAAGGCAGGUGCCAAAAUUUACUCCCCAGAAACAACUAGAAUGGCGUACCGCAAGCAAGACGUCACUUUUGCUCAUUAAUAUUCAUGACGUUAGCAAUUGUAGCUUGGCGCGUCAACCUCCCGUUUGUCCCCAAUAGUAAAUGAGUGGAAGUAGUGUACGAACGAGAUGUUUACUGAGCUAAACCCAUAAGCGGAUUUUAAGGGGGGGGGGGGGGGGGCAGCCACCACCCCCGGUGGCCGAAAAGUGCCAUUGCAUGAAAUUGACUUUCCCAUAUAGACCCUACCCACCGACGUCACAAAAACACGUGAUCGCUGUAUUGUUCCGCCCCUUUGUCAGUCAUUUUGUGUCUGUAUUAUUAAUGGUCUCAAUUGAUCGAGCAAUUUAUAAUGCAUUUCAUGGAAGACCCGGUGCUUUCGGAUGCCGUAAACUCACUUGAUGCGUUGCAUAAAAGGCGUUAUGUGGAAAAGCUUCAGUUUAUCCAUUCGCCAGAUCCAUAUUUGAUGCCUAAAUCGAUGUUUUUCGACCCGCUGUCUCCGCCGUAUUUGCCUGACAUCUGCUAGCUACCCUGAUAUGUACAACUAUCUUGUCCACACAAAAUCAGCCUAUUCUCACGAAAGUUUGAAAAACUUUUAAGAGCUUGGAGGCUUAUAAAUACUUCGUUGCUGGUUGGGUGAAACAGGUCCUCGUCCACGAAAAUUCGGCAGGAAUCUUAUCUUGUGCUUGGAAAGAGUGCAAGCAUAAUGCCACUGAUGUGACCCACUGCCAGCAUACCAUGGGUAACGCAGAGAGUGCGGUUGUGCAGAAGCGACUGUCUCGCUUCCGUCCUGAAGAUCGGCCGGUGAUUGAAGGAGUGUUUGACCGCCUGAGGGGCAGUCUUGGGGGCCAAAAGAUAACAGGAAACACUCUCACCUUUGAGAUGCUGCAGUCGUCCAUGUGCAUGCUCGCACCAGACUCCAUGGUAAGGAGAUCAUACCGGUGCAUGUGUAGUAUUGCCUGUGAGGCAACAACGGCAGCCGGCAAAGUCGGUGCAUCUGCCGCGUCAGGAGUGCAUCGAGAGCAAUUGGUCAUCUUCCUUGCAGACACCUUGCGGGGUACUGCUGAAGAACGAGCUCCUCUUGUCAUGUUUAUGUGCCAAAAUGAACCUUGUGACAAGGGUGUCACCAAUGAGAAAGUAACAGAGUUCUUACAGGACCUGAUCACUGCUGUAGUUCAGAUCCUUGCCCAUAAAAAACUCCUUCAGGGGUGGAAACCAGAGAAAAUGGGUGAUGUCUCACAGGGUGUCAAACUUUUAGCAGAGCAGAUGUGUUCAGAACUAAAAACCACAGAACAGGGAGACUAUGAUGUUGCCUCCUUAGAAGACUGGAUCUUUCGAGUACCCCAAAUAUCUUUGUACAUGGAGAUGUUGGUAGCUGAGGGACUAAAUGUAUGGCCAAAUGUGCGGCCAGUCCUCCCUCUGUUGCCUCCUUGUCAGGAGACAUCUUGGAAAGAUCUACACUCUCUCUUGGAUAUUCCCACCCUCAUGUUUCUUGCUCCGCAGUUGCCGGACAGAUAUAGUGCACCCUGGAGACUUGUGUUUUCCACGCUGCUGCAUGGUGAGAGCUUCACAAGGAUGCUGGCAGGCCUGACAAAAUGUGGGCCGACCUUGCUGCUCAUUAAAGACACAAAGGGACAUAUUUUUGGGGGCUUUGCCUCCUACAGCUGGGAAGUCAAGCCUCAGUUUCAAGGCGAUUCCAGAUGUUUCCUGUUUUCAGUGUUCCCCAGACUGAGAGUUUAUUCAGCUACAGGUUACAACCAACACUUCAUGUACCUUAACCAGAAUCAGCAGACCAUGCCCAACGGACUGGGGAUGGGCGGUCAGCACAGCUACUUCGGGCUGUGGUUAGAUAGUGACUUUGGACAUGGUCACAGCCGUGCGCGGCCAAAGUGCACAACCUUUGGAAGCCCUCAACUGUCAGGGGACGAGAACUUUAUUUUGGACUCCGUGGAAGUGUGGGCAGUGGGAAAGACGUAUGAGCCGGAGGAGGAUGAGGAAGGUCACGCUAAGAAGAGUGUUUUGGACAUGGAUCCGGAGGUUCAGGCCAUUAUGGAGAUGACAGGGAAAAAACUGCACAGUCAGGGCCUCAGGGAGCCAGAUGAGGACUAAAAACACUAAUCUACCCAUUUUAUGGUAGAUCUGUUGCUGAUUUGAAGUGAUCUUUAACAAAUAUUACUGUAAUUGUGCUGUACACCUGGAAAGCAAAAACUAAUAGAAGUUGGCUUGUAUGUAAUAGGUGGAUGAAAUACCGCCCACGUAAUGGAUUACAUACAGUUGGCAUGUACAUUUAAAUACCGUUUUGACAAUGUAUAAGGAUUCGAGUAUCCACAGUAACAUUUCCUUUUGAAUUCUAGGCAGACAAAGUCUUGUCAAAUUCUAUAUUCCACUGGAAAUAAGUCAAUAGGUUGGAAAUAGGUUGGUGAAGCUUGUUAUCUUAAAUCACCAGGAUAGAGCAGUGUUUUUCAACCCGUGUGCUGCGGUAAACCAUCAACCUUUAUUACAAUUUAAUUAUUAGGUGAAAUGAUGAUUUUCUAUGGCACACCAGAAACCACGCCAUGGCGCAGUAGUGUCCUGCCGCACAGCAGUAGUGCCUCGCGGCACACUCUGCAGCACAGUGGUUAAAAAGACUGGAAUAGAGAAAUCACAAUUUGUAUAAUCUGUACAGCAUAACCAGGGUUGAAAGUGGUGGGAAUUUCUUGCCGGAACUCCCUGAUAUAAAGGUCUCCAUGGAGCCAGAAUUUUUUUAAACUAGCGAA